GACGUGGGGCUUAAGAGCUCCGCGGCGAGUUUGCCGAGGUCGGUGGCCGGCGACGGCGGUGGCGGCACCGGAGGCGGCGCUUGCUUCAGAGCCGGCGGCGGCGGACGGGGCGGCGUGCGGCCGGGGCCAUGUCGAGCAAUGCCGGGGAGUGGUGUCUCAUGGAGAGCGACCCCGGGGUCUUCACGGAGCUCAUUAAAGGAUUCGGUUGCCGUGGAGCCCAAGUAGAAGAAAUAUGGAGUUUAGAGCCUGAGAGUUUUGAAAAAUUAAAGCCUGUUCAUGGAUUAAUUUUCCUUUUCAAAUGGCAGCCAGGAGAAGAACCAGCAGGUUCUGUGGUUCAGGACUCCAGACUUGAAACAAUAUUUUUUGCCAAGCAGGUCAUUAACAAUGCGUGUGCUACCCAAGCCAUCGUGAGUGUGUUACUGAACUGUACCCAUCAAGAUGUUCAUUUAGGAGAGACAUUAUCAGAGUUUAAGGAAUUUUCACAAAGUUUUGAUGCAGCUAUGAAAGGGUUGGCGUUGAGCAAUUCAGAUGUGAUUCGACAAGUGCACAACAGUUUUGCCAGACAGCAAAUGUUUGAAUUUGAUACAAAGACAUCAGCCAAAGAAGAAGAUGCUUUUCACUUCGUCAGUUACGUUCCUGUUAAUGGAAGACUGUAUGAAUUAGAUGGAUUAAGAGAAGGACCAAUUGAUCUAGGCGCAUGUAAUCAAGAUGACUGGAUUAGCGCAGUAAGGCCAGUCAUAGAAAAAAGAAUACAAAAGUACAGUGAAGGAGAGAUUCGAUUUAACUUAAUGGCCAUUGUGUCUGACAGAAAAAUGAUAUACGAACAGAAGAUAGCAGAGUUACAAAGACAGCUUGCAGAGGAGGAACCUAUGGACACCGAUGAGGGCGGCCACACGUUAAGUGCUAUUCAGUCAGAACUGGCCAGGAAUCAGAUGCUUAUUGAAGAAGAAGUACAAAAACUAAAGAGAUACAAGAUUGAAAAUAUCCGAAGGAAGCAUAAUUAUCUGCCUUUUAUUAUGGAGUUGUUAAAGACACUAGCAGAGCACCAGCAGCUGAUACCGCUCGUAGAGAAGGCAAAGGAAAAGCAGAACGCCAAGAAAGCGCAGGAAGCCAAGUGAAGCGGCCGCUCUGGGAUGUGGACGCGGGCGCGCGGUUUCUCGCGGGGAGACCGGCAGGGAACGGGGGCCACAUCCCGAGCCGCGUGCACGUCCCCGGCCGCGGCGGGACC